AUGAAGACAGUUGCUCUCGACCUCGACGAUGCCUCCAUAUUGGACGGUAACUUAGUUUUACCUAUUGUUCAACAAAAUACCCAACACUCGAAAAGUUCUACCCCGAAAGAUGUUAACAAAGGGAUUGCAAAAAUUGAUCUUAUUCUGAGACUGGUAGCCAUUGUUGGUACCUUAGGAGGUGCUGUUGCCAUGGGAACAACUAAUGCAACACUACCUUUUUUCGCUCGGUUCAUUCCGUUUAAGGCCGGGCAUAAUGAUCUUCCAACCUUCACGUUCUUUGUGGCUGCGAAUGGCAUCGUAAGUGCUUAUCUGGUUCUUUCUCUAGCACUAUCCAUCUUCCACAUGCUGAAGAGUGGUGCAACACUGACCAGAGUAAUCUUGAUCUCCUUUGACACGGUAACUCCUUGA